CUAACUCGCGCGAAGCAUUCUUACACCUCCUGCCACCCUUCCCCCUCUCCCUCGCCCGCCCGUCCGCCCCCCCUCUCUUCUCUUCCCUUUCCCCCUAACAUCACUCGCGUCUUUUCGAGGCGCUCUAGCUUCGAGACUCGGCCAGAUCGGCGACGUUUUACACUCGCUAUCACCGGCCACAGAUACCACGGUUUAGCGCCCAAGGAUUAAAGAGAAUAUACAUAUAUUUAUUGUAUACAUACAGAUACAUGUGUGUGCACUCGGUUUGUGCAUAAAUAUUCCUAUAAAUAUAUGGUCAAAAUAUACAUAUACAUGUGCUUCAAACGUUGAACCGCGGAUAAGUGAUAAAACGCGAUAUUUCAACGGUGCGGAGAAGAAAUAAAAAAAAUACAACUUUGGUGACGAGGCUCUCUUGUCCGCGAAGUAAUCUGCGGCUAUGUACGCUAAGGGAAAAGCGUCGGCUGUACCUUCGGAUGGUCAAGCCAGAGAAAAAUUGGCACUUUACGUUUACGAGUAUCUGCUUCACGUUGGAGCACAAAAAGCAGCCCAAACAUUCCUGUCAGAGAUCCGAUGGGAGAAAAACAUAACUUUGGGCGAGCCACCUGGGUUUCUACAUUCGUGGUGGUGUGUUUUCUGGGAUUUGUAUUGCGCAGCACCGGAAAGACGUGAUUCUUGUGAUCACAGCAGCGAAGCCAAAGCUUUCCACGACUACGGAUUCGUGAACAGCGGAUACGGCGUUAAUGGUAUUACACACAAUGCUGGACCAGCACCAUCUCCACUCGGACAAAUGCCUCCGAACGACGGAAUGCCUGGUGGACCAAUGCCACCCGGAUUCUUCCCAAACAACUCGACAAUGCGACCAUCUCCGCCCACACACCCCUCAUCACAGCCAUCCCCCCAGCACCCCCAGCCACCCCCGCCCCCACACUCGCAGAUGAUGUCCACCCAGUUUAUGGGGCCGAGGUAUCCUGCAGGACCAAGGCCAGGGGUACGAAUGCCACAAAUGGGCAACGAGUUUAAUGGGCCCCCUGGACAACCCAUGAUGCCAAACAGUAUGGAUCCAACGAGACAAGGCGAAGCCGGAGAGUUUGUAGGGUGGCAAGGACCGCCUGGAAUGAACCCUAUGAAUCCGAGGAUGAAUCCACCACGAGGACCUGGUAUGGGCCCCAUGGGACCCGGUAAUUACGGUCCAGGUAUGCGAGGACCACCACCCAACAGUAGUUUAGGUCCUGGUGGACCUGGCGGUCCUGGUAUGCCUCCUAUGAGUAUGACAGGACCUGGAGGAAGGCCGCAGUGGCAACCGAACACAUCGACACCAAUGAACUACUCGUCAUCGUCGCCGGGUAAUUACGGCGGUCCACCAGGUUCGACGGGUCCACCCGGGCCUGGCACACCUAUAAUGCCAAGCCCACAGGACAGCAGUAACAGCGGUGGUGAAAAUAUGUACACCAUGAUGAAACCUGUACCCGGUGGAAAUAUGCCCGGGGAUUUCCCAAUGAGCGGAGGACCAGAAGGCGGCCCAAUGGGUCCGAUGGGACCGAACACGAUGGGUCCGGUAUUGAACGGCGACGGUCUCGACGGUAUGAAGAAUAGUCCGGCGAACGGCGGCCCCGGUACACCGAGGGAAGACAGUGGUAGCGGAAUGGGUGACUAUAAUCUCGGUGGUUUCGGCGGUCCCGGCGAGAAUGAUCAGAACGAGUCAGCUGCCAUUUUGAAGAUCAAGGAGAGCAUGCAAGAAGAGGCCAAGAGGUUUGAGAAGGACUCGGACCAUCCGGAUUAUUUCAUGCAAUAACUCGUCCCCGUGUCGUCGGACCGAGCGACACACGUGACGAACGCUUACGCGGAUCUGUGACCAAAAACAAGAAGCAAAUCGACACACACACACACAUGCAUACACGAGAAAUAGACACACACACACACACACGGAGGAGGAUUAAAAGACACCGGAGGAGAGUAGAGCCGAGGGAGGGGGCUGAAAUCGUCCGAUGAAAAUACGUAGCUCGGACUACGUAAAGAGCAAGAAAAUGAGAAGAGCGUUUAAAACAAAGAUUGGGAUAAACGAGAGAAAGAGAGAAACGAUUUCGUAAAACUUUCCACGAUCGCGCCUCGCACUUCUUCCUUCGUCGCGAUCGAUCUCCGAUUUUUCUUACACGAUAAUAUUUAUACGAGUGUUGUGUGCGUGGGUUCGCCUCCGCCCCUGAAUGUGCUCUGUGUAUGUGUGUGUAUAUAUACGCGCAACGACAAAAUUCAAUUGCGAAUGGGGAAUUGCGCAAGCGACUCGCCUGGUGCGACGUCACUUCUCGCCUCCCAAUUUUACAAUAUUGGCCCCUCUACGACUAAUGGUCGAAUGAAAAGCCAGCUCGCGAGAGAACAAUUCGAAAAAUCUUGACGCGACUAAACUGAAUGAAAUUUAUUUCACAUUUUAUAUUUGUCCGUUUAUCAACUUUUGGAAUUCAUCGUCCGACAUUGAAAUACUGCGGGGAUUAUAUCAUGGAUGGGACAAAUAAAAAUUUAUCGGGAGUGGAAAAUUGACGCGAAUAAUCGAGAAUAAAAAUAUUUCGGUUGCCAAUAUUUUUCGUUGGAAAAAAAAUAUAUUUAUGAAUUACGUGUUCAUUAAUUUAUCAAUAAAUUCCAUUAUUCUUCAUUCAUAGCGAUGAAAUUAAAGAAGAAUUUAUUUAGCUUCGAGUUUUUUGAGGCUCGAGAUGAAAUAUUGGGAUUGUAAAUCGAGAGAAUAUCGAUUAUACCAAUAUUCGGGGUUCGAUACGAAUGAAUUAACAUGCGCACUGUGUGUGCGUGUAGUUAGAAAUAUACACAUGUAUACAUGGAAAGAAAAUGACCCAUACGCACACGCGAAUAGAAAUUUUUCUUCCCCCGCAAGUAAUGAAAAAAUAAUGUUUCACAGUUUGGAUGAGAAAAAGGUGAUAAAGAGAAGCCCGAUCCAAGCGCAUCGCGCAAAACUACGUGGCGGAAUAUCGGCGUCGAAGUUUGCGUCUCUGAAAUGCAACAGUUUUUCUUACAAUAUUAGGUGUACGAAAUUUUUAUAUGCGUAUUAGAGUCACGCAGAAGUCGUUGAUUUUGGAAUAAUUGAAAAGUCGAAAGAAAAAUUCGUUGCACUUUGUCGUCGCGAACUGUCGAGCAUCGUACUCGUUUUCUCACGUACCGGCGUUCUUUCUUCCGUUCUAUCUUAGGAGACUAUCAGUCAGGAGUGAACGAAAGAGAAAUUGAAGGAGCGAGAGGGAUGAGAAACAUUGAGGAAGAGAGAGGACGACACGCGAAGGAAAGUGCACAGGGUUCUCGCUGCUUUUCAGCAAAGAUCCUUUUUUGUAGCCGUACCUAUCUGGGCAAGGGUGAAAAAAAGAUUUGGGCUCGAUUCGUGCCAAGUGUCGAGAGAGCGAAUCCUUGACGAGGGUAGAACUUUCUCUUUCUCUCUUCCGCUGUCCUGUCUCUCGAGUUUCCUCGUUCUUUCAUCACCUCCCUUCUUUCCUGUCUUCUUUUUUCGGGGACGGGUGAGGAAAAAAAGAGAUGAAAAAAAUUGGCCAGUGUUGCGGAUAAAACCGCGUCAGGACGAGCUGAAUUCUCAGCGAUGCGAGAGAAUAAGAAUGAGACGAAAGUCAAUGCGAGAUCGAGACCUCGACGGCGAAAGAAAACAUUCGUAAAAUACUUAUUCUCGAUUUCCCUGUUCAACGUAAAGUCUCGAUUUUUUUUAGUCAUCCAUUUUAAGUUGACUUCCACUAAAAUCCCUCGAAACAGGAACCGCUAAUUUGUCGUUUCUUUGUGAAAUUAUUUUCGGGCGUCCGAGCUAAACGAAGGAAAUUUUCGAACGACUGCGAAACGAAAAUGUUGCUUCUUCAACAUUCAUCGAUCAUCAAUAUUACUAUUAUUAUUAUAUUAUUACUAUUAUUAUAAUAUUAUCAUUAUUAUUAUCAUCGUUACGAUAAAUGAAAAUAACGGCGAAAAGGAAAGAUCGGGCGAGACUCACGUUUUUUAAUAUUAGAAAAUUUUGAUCGAGAAUUGUGUAAAUUAUUCCAGGGCAUUCGCAAAUCAAUUUAGGAUGUGAAGUAAAUAUUAUUAUUAUUAUUUUAUUAUCUCGGUUAAUCGUUAAACAGUGUAUUGUUGAUAAGGGGGCCAAAGAUUGGUAGUCGAUCGGUCGAGCAAAAAUAUCGCUCGAUCGAACGCCAGUUAGAUACGGUAUUUUUCUUUUCUUUUUUUUCCCUUUUUUUUCCUGUUUUAUUUUCUCUUCUUCGUCGACUAGAAAGAUCAAUCCAAAUACCAAUAAAUCGUACCUCCCUGUUUGAGAUGUAUCUUUGUGAUCGUUGAAUUCUCUCUACUCUCGUGGCGCAAAAAUAAUGAAAAAAGAAAACUAAAUGAGAAAUCUCACGACGAAAUAUCGAAGCGGUUCAAUCAAUCGACGUACAUAUUUAUCUCGUUCCAAUGUGAAAAAUGGAGCACGAAGGACAGAUUGUUUUAUGGAAAUAUACGAAGAGGAUAAUGAGCAAUAGAUGAAAGAGAGAAUGAGAGAGCGAGAGAGAGAGAGAGAGAGAGAGAGAGAAAUGGCCCAACGUGAGCGUGAAUUUUCACGCAUUCGCUCUUCGUAUCCACGCAUAAUUAAUAAUGACAUAAUUGUAGGUAUCCUGUACGAGUAUAGCAAACAUUAGCGUAAUUAAAAACAAAUACAAUUAAUAAUUAUGAAAAAAAAACAACAAACAAA